GAAGCGCUCUCGCGGAAGCAGGCUUCUUUCCCCAAAGUCCGUAAUCCUCAACAUAAAGCGUGUUUGCCGCGCUGUCCACUCUUCAUAAACACAACGACAAUGAGUUUCGGCUCAUACAACCCAAAUGUGCGGAUUGGAAACUGGAAUGAAGACUUGUGUCUGGAAGAGGAUGCCAUUAAGGAUUUUUUGGAAAAGAAGGAAAAGGGAGAACUUACAACCCAAAAAGCUGGUUUUCUGAAGGAAAAUAUUUGUAAACCGAUUGAUCUGUCGGUGACAGCUGAUGGAUUUAUUCACUUUGGAGACGUGGUGAUACUUCUAAAUCUGGGAAGAGAGAAGGAAAGUGUGAACAGCAGCGAUCCACCCCGGGAACCCGCCACCUUGAGUAUCAAUGUCGAUGAGACCAAAAUCAGCAAGCUGGCUUCAGUUCAGGCUCCUUGUGAAGUGACGGCGAGCCGAAGCCUCACUCCAAGCGUGAGGAAUGCUUUUGUCAUUGUCAGCGUUGACAGCAGCAGACCUGGAGACCCUCUCACCUUUGGCCAGAGCUUUGCUAUUAGAACCACUGAGGGAUUUGCCGGAGGGCUGUAUUUAACAAGUGACAAUCAAUCAUUCCAAAAGUGUGCUAAGAAAUCCCGACUUCAAGAAGUCAGCCUGGUAGACCAACCUUCUUACUUGACGUGCUGGAAGGUCGUCUACUAUGAUCCACAGAUGCGGCUUGAAUAUGAAGGGUGUCCCAUUCCGGCCAAUUUAAGGAUGCUCGUCGUCCACUGUAAAACAAACCAGUGCCUCGCCGCCCUUGGACAGCACACCGUGUGGACACCUUAUGGCCAAGAAUAUGAAGUGACAGCCCACACUUUUUUGGACGCUCACAAGGCUGAACGGGACCCAAAUCACUGGCUUUUCAUUACCAAGGACCCUGGCAAUGGCAGCCCUACAAUGAGCGAGAGGUCUAAUCCAAUACCUGAAAGGAUUCAGGACAAUGAAUGACCGAGUGACAGCCGUGACAAAGAGACCACCACGUAAAAUGUGAACCCUCUGGCUGCAACUUGAAAAGCUUUUCAAACGUCUCGUUAUUAUGUCACAUUCUGAAUUUUUAUUUAGCGUUCAAACAGUAAAUUGAGGUG